UCCCCUCAGAUCUAGCCAGCAGACUGGUUAUGUUUUAUUCUGAAACCGCUGCGUUUUAAUGAGCCACACAUAAACCCAGUCUUUAUUCUCUAUAUGUCUUAAAUAUCAUUUUAAUAUAUUAUUCAUUUUGUUUUUCAUCUUCUCCUCAUCAUGAACAUUAUAGCUGUGAGUCUGAUUCUUUUUGAAUGCAUUAUGUCACAUGGAGGCUUUCUGUCAGCUGAAUCCGCUGAGGUGUCUGGAGGAGUCAGAGUGAAAGGACCACUGGGAGGAAAUGUUACCGUUCUCUGUUCAUACCUCAAAGGAAAUGAGAACUUUCAAAAGUACUUCAAUAAAGGCAAACCUGAAACACAGCUUGUGACACUGAGCAGCGGAGUAAUGUGGGUCCGGGAUGGCAGAUAUUCUGUGGAGGACAAUAAAGAGAACAGAGAGUUCACCGUAACUAUCAGGAACCUGAGUGUGGAGGACGCUGGGCUUUACUGGUGUGGGGUGAAACGGGCGAAGGAGAAUUAUCGGCUAGAGGUUAACCUUGAUGUUGUGCAAGAUGUAACCACUGAAAAUGCCACAAUAACCAGACUGAGAACCACGGAACCACAGGACCAACAACCCUUCGGUAGAGAUGAAUCUGUGCAUCUCGGACUCUAUCUGGGUGCAGUUCUGCUGCUGUGUGGGAUUAUGAGUGCCGUAUUUGUCAUUAUAAAGGUCAACAAGGCAAAAGAAGCAUCAACACAGCACGGAAAUGACUCAGAACCUGAUGUGGUAUGUGGACAAGGUCACUCUGUUGAAAGCAACUAUUUAUCCCCUGUCCAGAGGCCAGAUUGCACCUAUGCAGCUCCAAAACCGAGCCGAAACCGGACUCGUACUCUCCCAUGCCACUUAAAACCCGCAGUGAUUCAGAGCUUCUCUGGAGAAAACCAAGUUCAACAUCCAGGGGCAGUCGUGUCUGGAAACUGUCCACGACCUCAGAGUUGUGCACCAAUAUUCACUUCAACACGACCCGUUUCCUACCUUGUGCAGAGAUCCCAUGUGCUCAAUCACACGCCUGCUAUUCCACAGGAGUCACCUGAUGUCUACGCUACUAUCAAGCGCCAAUGAUAACACUUACUAUCAUUAUCGUUACUAUCAUUACAUGCUAUUGCCUUUUCUUCUUAACUAAAUCGUUCUUUUAUUGUAAAUUACAUUAAAACGGUGUUUGGCCGAAUCAAAUGUGAUUGACUUUUAUCGAACUAAUAAUGAAAGGUUUUGUCACUUUGUCAACAAAUUUGCUUAUUUUUUUCUGCAGAAAUAAACAAAAGAAGUGAGAUUGUGUAUCUCAAAAUUAUGUGUGAAUAAAAAGGCUUAAUUCCA